AGAAGGGGGCUGUCCGCUCCGCUGCGACGGCGAGGCCAAGAAAACUUUCCUCUUGCAGAGAGCAUGGGGGUCUCCGCUGGGCUCCGGCAGCCGCUCGUCCCCGCGGCAGCAUCUCUCCGAAGCCGUCGAUCCGUGCGGCUCCCGCCGCGCGCGGCCUCGCCUUCGACGCUGUCCGUGUCCCGCGCGGUUAAGGUUAAAGCAAGUGCAAUCAAUGGCCUGCAAAGAAGUAAGAGUAGCCUCGAAUCCUUAUUCUGCUAUGACAAAUCUGUUCCGGAGGAGGAUAUUGGUAAACCUACUGGUUUAAAUGUGGAAAAGAAGAACGUUGGGGACAAUCCUCCCUGUACAAGCUGUGAAGCUAAAGGUGCCGUGCUGUGUGAAACCUGUGCUGGUUCAGGCUUGUAUGUCGACUCGAUACUGGAGAGCCAAGGAAUCAUCGUAAAAGUCAGAUGUCUAGGUUGCGGGGGAACUGGAAACAUUAUGUGCUCAAAAUGCGGAGGCCGCGGCCACACAUGAACUCCACUAGCAUACUUGUCAAGUGACAAUGUGACAUAAGUUGGGAUUUCUGUUCGAGUUGGCAAAACAGACUUCUUCCCAUACGACUCUAUGGGGGCUAAAUCUGCAUGAUUCAGUGCUGAGGUAGCUGCUUUUUACAUGGAGGCAUGCCUACGAAGCUGCUGAACCGAUCCUCUUUUUGCAUUUCAUGUUUGAAGUUUCAAUGUGAUGGUGUGCCGUGAAGGUGUAAUGGAUUACACGGCGCUGUUAAAUUACUCAAACAAACUGCUUGACGAUUUCCAUCGAUAGGAAUUUGGCCGGGUCUGGUGGGCUAAAUGCAGAGUUCCAAUGAAUAGAAGGGCAUGUAACUGGAUUUGUCUGCGAAACUGUAUAAUCACUUGCUGUGCCGGGCUGUGUGCAA